AACUUGCCGUGUUUAGCCGUGAAGACUCAACUCAAGGUCAAUAAUGGACGAAUCGAAAGGAGCCAUAAACCUAUUCAAACCCGAAGAUCAUGAGCUUUCUCCAAGCUUUCGUUUGACAAAUUUCACAAAACUAAAAGGAUGAGGAUGUAAGGUCCCUCAGGAACAACUUCGCAAGUUCCUGAGCGGACUAGGAGUCGAAAACGGCGAAGGUCAAAUUGGGAUAGGGCUGGACUCCUGCGUACUUCCAACGCGACACAAGGGUGUAAAUCUUGUUCAAACUACCGAUUUCUUCUAUCCGUUAGUAGACGAUCCAUAUCAGCAAGGAAAGAUUGCCUGUGCUAACGUGUUGAGUGAUUUGUAUGCAAUGGGAGUCAGUGACUGUGAUAAUAUGUUAAUGUUGCUUGGGGUCAGUACUGAGAUGACAGCAAAACAACGUGAGGUGGUAACAUCUUUGAUGAUCAAGGGAUUUAAUGACCUUGCAAAGGAAGCUGGGACAACUGUGAAUGGUGGACAGAGUGUGCUUAAUCCAUGGUACAUCAUUGGUGGGGUUGCAACAUCAGUAGUCUCUUUAACUGAGUUUAUUAUGCCUGAAAAUGCAGUUGAAGGAGAUGUUCUUGUUUUGACAAAACCGCUUGGAACCCAGCUUGCUGUUAAUGCUCAUCAAUGGUUGGAGCAGCCAAAAUACUGGGAAAAAAUCAAGGAUGUAGUAAGUGAAGCAGAUGUCAAGAAGGCAUACCAAGAUGCAAUGUUCGGUAUGGCCCGGCUGAACAAGACUGCUGCUAAACUCAUGCAUAGGUUCAAUGCUCAUGCUGCUACUGAUGUUACUGGCUUUGGAUUAUUAGGACAUGCUAAAAACCUUGUGGGCAAUCAGAAAGCUGAAGUGUCCUUUAUUAUUGAGUCCUUACCAAUCUACAGACACAUGACAGCAGUGGCCAAAGCAUCACCAAUCAAUUUUAAACUAUUGGAUGGAUAUUCUGCAGAAACAUCAGGUGGUCUUUUAAUUGCUAUGACUCAAGAUGAUGCAGAAUUAUUCUGUGACGCUUUUCAAAAAGAGGAUGGUCAUUCAGCAUGGAUAAUUGGCAAAGUAGUUAAGGGAACUAGAGAUGCAAUGGUUGCAGACAAUGUCAAUAUUAUUGAAGUGUAGUAGUCUGUUUAAGGCUGUUUGGAAUUUCAGCUUUUCAUAAAUGGCAGUAGAUGGUCAUCAAAUUAAUGAAAUUAUAUUAACAAUAAAAAUAAAUAACAACUAUUUACAAGAAAACAUAGUACCAACGUUUCAAUAAUUUCUUACCUACCUAUAAUGAUAUUACCUUGGUAAAGUACAAUACAUGUAACUAAGUGUA